ACAUCCAGACAUUUACUGAGCUGCUGCCACGUGAUUGACUGAUCAAUUGGACAGGUGUGCCUACUAAAGGGGGCAGUGAGUAAAUAUCUGAGUGUUUAGUAAAUAUUAAACCCGGAUGCUUUUUUUGUGUAGUUAAUUUGUGUAAAGCCGAUGUUAAGUUGGACUUAUUGUCAGGUUUGAUCAUUGUGGGUCAAUAUGUUCAUCCAUAUGUUCAUCCAUCUGAUCAUCCGUCUGUCAGUCUGUUGAUCCAUUGAUCAUUCUGUCUGUCCUUCCGUCUGUCUGUUCGUCUAUCCUUCCAUCCAUCCCUUCAUUCAUUUGUCCGCUUGUUUUCCAUCCAUCUGUCCGUCCAUUUGUUCAUCCAUCUGAUCAUCCGUCUGUCAGUCUGUCGAUCCAUUGAUCCAUCCAUCCGUCUGUCUGCUCGUCUACCCUUCCAUCAUUCCGCCUAUUCGUCCAUCCAUCAAUCAAUCAAUCCAUCCGUCUGUCUGUCCAUCCAUCUUUUCAUUCGCCUGUCAGUCUGUCGAUCCAUCAAUCCAUUGAUCCAUCCACCCACCCCUUCAUUCAUCCAUCCAUCCAUCCAUUUUUCAAACCCGUUUAGUCCCUUUCAGUGUCACAGGGUUGCUGGAGCCUAUCCCAGCCACUGUUGGGUGAAGACAAGGUACACCUUGGACAGGUCGUGGGUGUUUUGCAGUGAAAUAUGUAAACUUUAAGUCUUUAGAUUUCAUUCAAAGAAUAGAAACAGUGUUUCUGUUGUCCUGGAUCAAAGUCACUCAGACUAACUCUUGACUCACUAAAACACAGAAAGUCAUUCAUUGUAAUGAAAGCUGUUCUGAGGUUUCCACUGAAAGUUCACAGACAUCCUUCCAUGCUCUUCCUAUUAGCUGAUUCUUAUCAGACUCAGAUGAUGGAAAUCUAAUAUUAAAGUUCAAAGAACUUAUCAUUUAAAAACGAUGAAAUUGUCCUUAUCUUGACAGUAUAAUCCUCGUUUAGAUAGCUGGAUGGUUUCAGUCAAAUGGAUUAAAGUAUCAUCCCAGCCCAUCCACAGAGAAGAAAACGUGUUCUGUUUCUAGAUAAAAGCUGACGUUUGUGCAGAAGUUAGUAAAUCUGAUAGUUGACAAAAAUAAACAGACACAGCCUUCCAUGAAAUGCUACAGAUUGAGUUCCAGAAAAUCUGAAAGAUUCUCAGAAAUGAAGCAACAAGCCGUAUGUGGAACAAUGUCGAACAUGUGGAAAGCUCAGGGGUGGGGGGGGGUAGAAGCCUUUUGUGCAUCAACAUGUAAAUGUGGCACUUUGUUGUGUUGUAAACUGAAAAAUGGGAGCCGUCCUAAAGAGCCCGAGGGGGGAAAACGAGACCCCCCCACCCCCCCACACACACCCUCACCCCUCCCAUCUCCCAUGUCAGAAACACCAUAAAUGCUGGCAUUUAAAACAGGAAGUAGGCUGUGAUUUAAAGGCAGAGGAACCUCCGGCUGCAUCAGUCCAGUCUUGUCAUCCACAAACGCCGCCAUGACUCCUCUGCAGCUCGCCGCCACGGUGCUGCUGGGAAACCUGACCGCCUGCAUCUCAGGGCAAGAGGUGCUUGCUCCUCCCACUCAGGUGAGGUUCAACUCCACCGACUUCAAAAACAUUGUGGUCUGGACUCCGCCCACCAUCCAGUCCUCACUGCAGUACUACGUCCAGUGGAAGAUUUAUGGUGAGCAGGAGUGGCUGGACGUGGCCAGCUGUCAGGGCAUCCCGGAGCCCCAGUGUGACCUCAGCCGGGUCACCUCCGAAGCAUCAGAGUGGUACUACGCGCGCGUGCACGCGGCUUCCGCGGCGUCCGGCAGCCGCUCCGCGUGGGCCCUGUCCUCCAGAUUCAGCCCUCGCUGGGAAACUAAAAUCAGCCCCCCCGUGCUGAAGCUGAGCAUCACCAAGCGCAACCACGUCCAGGUGCACGUGCGGCCUCCUCGAGCGCUGCUGCGGAAGAUGCGCGCCAAUCUGUUCUUCACGGUGUUUGUCAUCAACGCCGGUGGAGAGGAGACGGAGUAUGACGUGGACAGCAGCUCCAACAGGCUGACUCUUCCUAAACUGAAGCACAAGGCAAAGUUCUGCAUCCAGGCCCAGACCAUCCUCUUCCCGCACUCCAAGAGCAGCGCUCGGAGCCCAGAGAAGUGCAUCACCGCGCCCUGAAGUCACAGCAAAAGCGGCCUCUGUCUGCAGUUUCAAUCUGCGCUACCUCGACGACCGCCUCCACCUCCAAGCAUCAGGCAACUGGAGUUCCUAAAGAUAUUUUCAUUUCAAGACAAUAAAGUUAUUUUAUUCAGAAAACAGAUUAAAA